CUGCUAGCUUCUUUCUCGUGAGCUCUUUAUAUCAGAGGUACAAGAAACACUACCUUCUAGUCAGCUCCGAGGCAGAUGUCGAGUGCGUCACCUACCUGAUUUGGCCAGUGCUCUCACCGCCUUUUCAUUAAAGAAGCCUUCCAUCGUGACUACCUCUUCUAAAUCGACAAAAGUUACUACUAGCGUAAGCACUAGUAGUGCAACGAAUAGUGCUUCAGUUAAUAGUGAAAUCUUACCCUGCGUCACGCUUGGAUUGCUUUCUGUGGCCCCUGCAUCUCAUUCCGACAUUGGCGUUGAUUCGCAUAAAUCCGAGGUCAGUGGGCGUCAUAGGGCUUCAUCUUCGUCGUCAACAUCGUCAACCACUUCAGGAUUAACCACUACGACGGCAGUAGGAGCACCUAGCGCCUUGGGCGUUGAUUGGGUCGAGCGCAUUGAGCCAGAAGAAGAUAGCUUCUUUUAUGUUUUUGCCUACAACCCUGAAACCCGUCGCCUAGCAAGCACCAGGGCCGAGAUUAAGUUACUUUGA